GUACAGGAGAGGAUUAGGGCUACGUGAAACAUUUAAUUAAGUUUGAACUCAGAACUCAAAUUUCUCAAAUAUGACCCUAAUCCUCUUCCGUAGAGAAGAAACAUAAAUCAUGUGUAAUAAUGAUGUGAUAACGUAAAUGAUAAUGAUAGAAAAAUAAUAGUUUUCCAAACGUUGUACUUUAACUGAAGCUUAAAAAUCCCGAGCUGCCAUUUUGAGGAAGUCCUUGUCAGAGCAGCGGAACCAAACAGCGGAAGUCUCCUAAACCCGGACGAUUUCCAUGUCAACACUUCCUGUUGUGUUUUUCUGCUUUUUCAAACCAGGAAGAUGGAUUUGCUGUCGAUCAAAUGGACUAUUAAUUUGCUAUUUUGUUGUCUUUUCGUCGGUGUUGGCUGUAAUUCAGUGGAUAAGAAGAUUUACGUGCAUCUCAAUUACACCGUCCCAUGUGUCCGACUGCUCAAUGCAUCUCAUCAAAUAGGCUGCCAGUCCUCUUUGUCAGGUGACGUGGGUGUGCUCCAUGUGCUCGAGUCAGAGGAAAACCUGGACUGGGUCCUCCGCACUGGUCCCAAUCCUCCUUAUACAGUUAUCCUGGAAUCCUCUCUCUUCACCAGAUCCAUCAUGAUGAAGUUGAAGAACGGCUCCAGCAGGGUGGCUGGCGUUGCUGUCGUGGCGCCAAACACAAACCCGGCUGAGAACUUCUCUCCGCACACCACCUGUCCUAACGAGAACACAGGCGUGUAUACAGAGAACUACGACCCAGCCUUGGCUCACUGUAACGUGACGGUGUGGAACCCACAGGGAAACGGUCUGUCCUACGAGGAGUUCGACUUCCCCAUCUUCUCCUUGAAAGACGACAACGACACUCAGGUCAUACGGCAGUGUUACUUGGAUCAUAACCGCCCCGUGAACGGCAGCGCUCCUCAGUACCCGCUGUGCGCCAUGCAGCUCUACUCCCACAUGUCCGCCGUCACCGACACAGCCACCUGCAUGAGGAGGAACGACAUCAACUUCAGCAUCAGCCCGGAGAUGGUGUGUGACCCACUGGGUGACUACAACGUCUGGGCCUCUACCAAGCCCAUCAACAACACAGCCAAGGGCCACAAGAUGUGGGAGAGUGUGGUCAUAGCGGCGGCCAGGUUGGACAGCAGGUCUUUCUUCUUUGACAUCGCUCCAGGAGCAGACAGUGGCGUCUCAGGGUUUGUCACCCUCCUGGCGGCCGCUCACGCUCUGCGUGAGGCCACCCAGGAGGCCCAGCUUAACCGCACCAUCCUCUACACCUUCUUCCAAGGGGAAACCUUUGACUACAUUGGCAGCUCGAGGAUGGUUUAUGAUAUGGAGAACAAAAAUUUUGCUGUGGAUCUGGAUAAUGUCCACUCAGUACUGGAGAUUGGACAGGUGGGGCUCCGUACUGACUCCAAACUGUGGCUCCACUCUGAUCCUGUGUCGAGGAGGAACAGCAGCGUCAAUGAUGAGGUGAGGAAGCUCAUUGAAAACCUGCACUCGGUUGCCACAAAUUUAAACUUCACACUACAGGAGCCCAAUGUCUCUCAGCCGCUCCCGCCCUCGUCCUUCCAGCGUUUCCUGCGGGCUCGGCCGAUCCCUGGCAUCGUUAUCGAGGAUCACCAGUCUUCUUUCAACAACAGGUUCUAUGAGAGUAUGUACGAUAACGCAGAAUACCUGAAAAUAUCUUACCCACCAAACCUGACGCCAGAGGAGCAGCUGGAGUUUGUCACGGACACAGCGAAGGCUCUGACUGAGGUGGCCACCAUGGUCGCUCGAGCUCUGUACAAGCAGGCAGGAGGAGCAGACGCGCAGCUGAUCAAAAUCAACGCAGACCCUAAAAUAGUGACCCAAAUGCUGUACGGUUUCCUUGUUCGUUCAAAUAACGCCUGGUUCCAGCAAAUGAUCCCUUCAGACCUCAUGAGCCAUCUGAAGGACAACCCUACAAACUUCUAUGUCGGCGUGGCCCAGCAGUCCAGCGAACCAACCCUCCUGGUCCAACACCUGCUGGCUAACUUCACCGGCAGCACCAUCAACAUCACCCAGGAAAACUGCCAGAGCCAGAGAGAAGAUGAGAACGACAAGGAGAGCAAACAUUUGUACUACUACAUGUGGGUCCAAGGUGCGGCUCCUCCCAACAGUACGAAGAGGGAGGGUUUCUGCGUACGCUCCACCGUUCGCCUCUCCAAAGCGCUGUCCCCGGCCUUCGACCCGCUGCGAGAGUUCACCUCCAAAGACUACUCAACGUGGACAGAGUCCAGGUGGAAGACCAUCAAAGGACGCAUUUUCCUGGUGGCCAGCCACGAACUGGAGAUGUUGACGCUGGGCGUGGGUGUUGGCGUGCUGCUAACGUCCCUACUGCUGACGUACUUCAUGAGCUCAAAGGCCGACAUACUCUUCAGCUCAGGGAGGGAGCCGACCAACGCCACGUACUGAUCCACACACCCUCAGAGGAGACGCAGACCCACGACCACUACUACUUCUAUUACUACUACUACUUCUAUCCCAAGCAGACAUGGACCGGUUUUUUUUUUGGUUUUUUUUAAAAACACAUCAACAGUAGGUACACAGACAGGUUAUUCAAAGAAGCAGAGGGGUGUUUUUUUUCUUGGUUUUUUUUUUGUUUUGUUUUUUUAAGACGACGACUCCAUGUUUAUGGACUCACUCAGGUGAGGUGUGACAUGAGGACUGGACCGGACUGGAUUGGCCUGGAUGGAUCUGGACUCAUCAGGGUCAGAAAACACUGGUCAGGCACCAGCGGGCCCUGGGAGUGGAAAAGAUGUUUAUAUUUCUUUGGUUUUUAGGGUUUGUUUUUUUUUUUCUUUUUAUUGUCAGAGAAUGUUUUGUUUACUGUGUCAUGGGAUAGGCACUAAACAUUGACCAUUAUUGUGUGUGUGUGUGUGUGUGUGUGUGUGUGCAUGUGCGUGCGUACAUGUGCAUAUAUAAAUGACAGCGUGAGUGAGCGACAGCUAUCGUGUGAUUCUGUGUGUACGAACAAUUAUGAGUGUGUGUGAGUGUGUGUGUGUGUGUGUGUGUGUGUGUGUGUGGGAACUUUGUAUGAGGAUUGCGAUGGUAUGUGCAAUACUGUAGCCGUCUUCUCUGUCAUGUAGUUAAUUUAUCAAUCAGUUCUAAUGAUAAGAAACCACUUUCUGAGUCAAAGAACAAGUAGUCAAAUUUUAAAUUACGGUUUUGCAUUAAUCUGGGAAUGUAUGAUGGAGAAAACAUUAAGAUGAGUUCUGGCUCCUAUGAAGGUGAAAAAAAACAACCCUCAGAAAAUGUAGAAAAUUAUCAACAAAAAAAAAAAAAAAAAAAUUGUUCAGUCCGAGAACACGUUUAAACUACACGUUUGUAGUUUUCGACCCAUUUCGGUGUCACAGAGUCGGCUGUGGCUGGAAGACACUUCACUUCAUAUCGAUCAGCUGCCAAAAUCUUCAAAUCCAGUCAGAAAAUCUUCUGCUUAGAGAAAAGAAAUUGGAGUUUUUGACGCUGACAAGGCGCUGGUACUCUGGCUGUGCACUCUUUUUUUUUUUGGUUCGUACCUUUUCACAAGGUUUCUUUUUACGAUGAUGUCUGAGAAUUGAUGCAACAACACACGAGUGGUUUUAAUUAUAAUGAUGGAUGUUCAUUUGAUGGCUGGAAUCAAUGACCAAUUGUGAUGCCUUUGAUGAAGAAAUAAACAUUGCUUUUCCAGUU